GAGGCGGUGGCGGAGCAGGUGAGUGGGGCCGCGGGGCUGCUGGGGACAGGUGCGGCCGGGAGCGGCGGGCGGGGGGGCCGCGGCGGGCUGCGCUUUAUAGAGGAAAGCAUGGCUGCCCUUCAGGAGAAAAGAUCUUCUGAAGAAAGAAGACACAAAAGUAUCCAAAAUGGUGCUCAAACAUCUCAAGGACAGUGGGGAAGAGCAUGGGAAGUAGACUGGUUUUCUUUGGCAAGCAUCCUUUUCCUGCUCAUGUUUGCACCACUCAUCGUAUAUUACUUCAUAAUGUCCUGUGACCAGUACCAGUGCUCCCUGAUCACUCCACUUGUUGACUUGCUCAUGGGGAAUACACAUCUGUCCGACAUCUGGAACAAAACUCCUACACUGACAUACAAGGCUGCUGGCAUUUAUAUCCUUUGGGUCACUUUCCAGGUGAUUUUGUAUGUCUUCAUUCCUGAUUUCUGCCAUAAAUUUCUUCCUGGAUAUGUAGGAGGUAUACAGGAAGGUGCUGUUACUCCUGCUGGUGUAGUAAAUAAGUAUGAAAUCAAUGGACUUCAGGCUUGGAUCAUUACCCAUGUGCUUUGGUUUGCAAAUGCCUGUUACUUCCACUGCUUCUCACCUACCAUAAUUUUUGACAAUUGGAUUCCUCUUCUGUGGUGUGCCAACAUCCUGGGAUAUGUAGUUUCCACAUUUGCAAUGCUUAAAGGCUACUUUUUUCCUACUAAUGCCAAAGAUUGCAAAUUCACUGGCAACUUUUUUUAUGACUACAUGAUGGGGAUUGAAUUUAACCCUCGAAUAGGAAAGUGGUUUGAUUUCAAGCUCUUCUUCAAUGGGCGCCCUGGUAUUGUAGCCUGGACUCUAAUUAACCUGUCCUAUGCUGCUAAACAACAGGAGCUGUAUGGUCAAGUAACCAACUCCAUGAUCCUUGUCAAUGUCCUUCAGGGUAUUUAUGUUUUGGACUUCUUCUGGAAUGAAGCCUGGUAUUUGAAAACCAUCGAUAUCUGCCACGAUCAUUUUGGAUGGUACUUGGGCUGGGGAGACUGUGUUUGGUUACCAUACCUCUAUACGCUGCAGGGUUUAUAUUUGGUUUACCACCCUGUCCAACUUGGCACAGCUAAUGCUGUAGGGAUCUUGAUAUUGGGAUUGGUUGGCUAUUAUAUCUUCAGAGUGACCAACCACCAGAAAGAUCUCUUUCGACGUACAAAUGGCAACUGCAAGAUAUGGGGAAGGAAGCCGGAAUAUAUCGAGUGCUCCUACACAUCCGUGGAUGGGACAAAGUACUACAGCAAACUGAUGACCUCAGGCUUCUGGGGAUGGGCACGCCAUUUCAAUUACACAGGAGAUCUGAUGGGCUCCCUAGCCUACUGCCUGACUUGUGGGUUUGCGCAUAUCUUGCCUUAUUUCUACAUUGUCUAUAUGGCUAUUCUGCUAACCCACCGUUGCAUUAGGGAUGAACACCGUUGUUUCAGCAAAUAUGGGAAGGACUGGAAGCGCUAUACUACUAAAGUGCCUUACCGGCUAAUACCAGGAAUGUUUUAAGACUAACACAGAAUCCAGAGGAAACAAAAAAGAAAUUUUUUGAGGGAUACAAAAAGAGCUUAUGUGCACAGUUAAGCCUUCAAAACCAGUUUCUGUAGGAAACUCUUAAUGCUCUGGAGGAGAAAAGGUGGCUGGACAGCAAUUCUUCAUGUACUUGAAGAACAUGCUUCUAGUAACCAGUCACACUGUACGUAAAGUAAAUGAAAUGAGGCACUGAAAUAUCCUGAUCUUUUUACAAGUCUGUUUUACCUUGGUACUUCCCCCCCUUCCCCCCCCCCAAAUUAACUUGGAAUUGAAGAAAAGUUGCAUGUAUUCAUAUUUCUGAAGUCUCUCCUAUGCUGGGAGGAGGCUUUACUAUUCAGAGUAGUAGGGUUCUCAAACCAGUUUCCAGUGAAAUAGGAGUGGAGGAAAACAGGUGCUUGAUCCGUUCAUGAAAGCAGUUAUGCAACAUGGUUAUGCACAGGUUAUGCCUGUAACAGUUGUGAUCUACAGUCAAUAACUCUCAAAAGAAGGUUGUGGUGUUUGUGGCUUUUCAAGAGGUUAACUGGGGUAAUACUGAACCUGAUCAUAAACUGGUGCUGCAGGAAGACUGGUAUAAGCUCAUAGAAAUACUUCUGAAAGCUGAUGUAAAU